AUGUAUUCUCUUACAGCAACUAUAUUUGCUGCUAUUCUUAGUUGCUGUCUUUUAAAAGUUACUGAACAACAAUAUACACCAGAUUGGACAUCAAUAGAUUCACGUCCGUUACCAACAUGGUAUGAUGAAAGUAAAAUAGGUAUUUUUAUUCAUUGGGGUGUCUUCAGUGUACCAUCAAUUAGAUCGGAAUGGAUGUGGUGGGAUUGGAAAGGAGACAAUCCAACUUCCGAUGUUGUUUCUUUUAUGAACAAAACAUAUCCAGCGGAUUGGACAUAUGCAGAUUUUGCUCCACAAUUUCGUGCUGAAUUUUACAAUCCCAAUGAAUGGGCUGAUAUUUUUGCUGCAUCAGGUGCGAAGUCAGUUACAUUUCAUUUCGUUGUACUAACAAUUAUUAUCUCUCUAUUUUAUUUAGAUAUGUUGUUCUCACUAGCAAGGUUAAACACUUUACAAAU